AUGGAUUCCUCGGCCGAAACCAAAGAAUAUAAAGGCAACUGCCACUGCGGACUCUUCAAGUUCACCAUCUCAGUUCCAGAACUCAAAUCCGUUCGAGUCUGUGAUUGUAGCUAUUGCUACCGCAAAGCCAUACCAUGGGUGUUUCCAGGUAGUGAUCUGAAGAUCCAGAGCGGAGAGGAUGAAUUGAGCACCUACCAAUUCGGUCAAAAAGAACUAUUGCACUCGUUCUGUCCUAAAUGCGGAAACACCAUCAUAGCCAAACAUCUGCCAUCUGGCACGCACGGAAUCAAUGCGCGCUUACUCCAGUCAUUGGACUUGAAAACUCUGGAGAAGACAAAAUACGAAGGCACUUCAGGCGAAGAACACGGAGCAAAAUAUGUCCCUCCUUCAACUUAUCCUCCACCAUCCACCGCGAAGAAUGUCGAGACAUCAGUCGAAGGCGCUAAGCUGGAUAUAUUUCAUGGUAACUGUCAUUGUGGAGCUGUAGCCUACACAAUGCUUUCCAAGCCUCUGAGUGAACGCAUGAUCAUUUCUUGCAACUGCAGUCUAUGCUACCGCAAUGGAGAGGUCUACACCUACCCACCAGCCAGCUCCGUGACAUUCAUCGGCAAAGAGAAUCUUACCGGUUAUCCGUUCCUUUCUCCAGACUCACUUCACAGCUUUUGCAAGAUCUGUGGUACGUCUGUUUGUGUACAGGCGUUGAAGGAGGAUGAGGAUUUGUUGCCGAUUAAUUUGCGGACGAUGAUGAGUGGUGUUAAUGUGAAGGAUUUGAAGAUCACGGAGUAUGAUGGUGCGAAGAAUGAUCCGCAAUAUGUUGUUCCUUGA